AGUGUCACAGAGUCAGUGCUUAAUUUAAACUGCCUGGCUGCACUAGCGGUGAAACCUCACUUCAAUCACAAAGUUAAAACUUCUACUGGAGAGACCACCGCUUCAGCCUGGGGCCAUAGUGGCUCCACUUCUCCCAGGGAAACAGGCAGAGACGUAGACCCCCACUACAGCAGGAGCAACGCCAGAGGUGCAGCAACUCAACAAUAAUGGCACUUCAACAGCCUUCGGCAAGUGGUCAGGUGAUAAAUGGCAAGGAAAGUCUGACCAAAGAGAUUGACCUGGUCAACCGUGAUCCAAAGAAUAUCAAUGAGGAGAUUGUAACGGUAGAUUUUGAAGAUGUGAUAGCGGAGCCUGAUGGGACACACAGCUUUGAUGGUGUCUGGAAGGUCAGCAGUACAGUCUUCACAACAUCUAAAUACUGGUGCUAUCGUGUUCUGUCUGCAAUUUGUGGGGUGCCACUUGCACUGAUAUGGGGAUUCUUCUUUGCCUGCAUCUCUUUCUGCCACAUUUGGGCAAUAGUGCCAUGCAUAAAGAGCUACCUGCUGGAGGUGCAGUGCAUCAGCAACAUUUUCACGCUCUGUGUCCAGACCUUCUGUGAUCCUGUCUUUGAAGCCCUGGGCAAAGUGUUUAGUGGAAUACGAGUAGCCCUGCGUAAAGAUGCCUAAUGGGCCAUUAAUCUUAACUAGGUAUUGGCUGCUGCAGGACAAUGGCCUGACCAGAUUAGGUCCUCAAGGAACCGAGGCCUUGUUGCAGUAGUGCCAUUAUUAAUGAAGAGACCUACUUAAGAAGUUAAACUCUACUGUCAUGCUAUCAAGAAACCUCUUGCAAUAAGCCUUGAAUUGAGUCAUACAAAUCAAACCUGGAUCAAAAUAUAUGAUUAUACUAAGCCUAGUUCCCAGUAAUGUGUGUUUAACAACAGGUCCACACCCCAGAAGAAUCUCUUUCCAAAUUCAGACUCUUUCCUCUAGGCAGCUUCUAAGGAGAUGACUGAUCAUCCAGCUCACAUUUUAGCAAUGCUGUUAAGCCAAUGAGUGCACUACAGGACAAUCUUUUUGGAUAUGUAUUUUAUGAAUAUUAACAUUACAAACCCAAUAAAGUAUGGUUCACUCCA